AUGCCAAAUCAACUUCUAAACGCCGGACCCAUUCCAUUAAUUAUACCUCCUUAUCCACCUUCCAUUGACCUUAAAACCUUAAUCGUCAAACAACCGGAUGGUAAAAUUCCGGCUAAAGCUCCAAAUGCAUUCAUCAUAUAUCGUAAAGUAUUUAUUGGGGCUGCACGUGAAAAAGGAUAUUACUUACCAAUGCCAAUUGUGUCAUCAAUGGCAUCACAGGCUUGGAAAAAAGAACCCGAGCUUGUCAAGGAAGAAUAUAAAAGACUUGCCAAAGAAGCAUUCGAUUUACGUAAUGAAUUAAGCCCAAAAUCAGGACGUCGUAGAAAACGAGAGAAAUGGAACAUCAUAUCAUUUAAAAAACCGUCAACAUCAACGUCUAUAAAAAGUUCUUCCUUGCCAACCACUCCAACCAUUCCAGUCACUGAACUCCAAAAAUCACCUUCAUUUUCGUCAUGUUCUUCGACAUCAAUUACUCCUCCAGUCACUGAACUCCAAAAAUCACCUUCAUUUUCGUCAUAUUCUUCGACACCAAUUAAUUUUAAUAAUUUUAAUAAACCCUUUGAUCAAGAAUCAACUCAAUUAUACUUUGAUAAUAGUAUCGAAGAAUCACCAUCUCUAAAUAAAAUUUUUGAUCUAGGAUUUAAUGAUAGUGAAACACAUUUCACAAAUUUUCCAACGUCACCUUCGUAUUUUUUUCCCGAGUUUCCGAUAAUACAAGGAGAAAGUUGGAAUUAUGAUUGUAAUUUCACACAAAAUAUCGUUCCUUCACAAUUCCCUUUUGAAGGAUUACUUGAAUCAUUACCACUAGAAUCCAAUAUUUGGCAAUAUAUUGCCGUCCCACAUAACGACUCAUCAAAUUUCGACUUGUACUAA